AUGAUGCACAUGACCUUCUACUGGAGCAAGGACGUGACAAUCCUGAUCGACUCUUGGCGGACCACUUCAUGGACGAGUUACUCCCUCACGCUAAUCGCCUGCCUCAUCGUCUCGGCCUUCUACCAGUACCUCGAGGACCUCCGCGUGCGGCUCAAGAUCGCGUCAUCGUCGGCCGCGAAAGACUCUUCGCCGGCGCCGAUCCAAACUCCGCUGCUCGGCGCGAAGCUCGGCGGCGCCGGAGGGAGGUUCUCGGCGGCCCGGCUUGGUGGAGCCGUGCUUUUCGGGGUGAACGCGGCGAUCGGGUACCUGCUGAUGCUGGCGGUCAUGUCGUUUAACGGAGGCGUGUUUGUGGCUAUCGUUGUGGGGCUCGCGAUUGGCUACUUGGCGUUUAGGAGCGGGGACGAUGACGUGGCGGCAACUGUGGUUGAUAAUCCUUGCGCUUGUGCGUAG